AUGGCUGACAGCAACAAAUCCAGAUCAAAAAAAUCACUAAACGUCGACUCGCCCUCGUUCACACCCGCCAGCAUAGGCAGCAAGAAGCCGACAUUCUCUUCACAGGCUGCAAGCGCUCCCGCAUUUACUCCACGUGGGUUAGGCUCUGCCACCCCCGUGGGCCUGCAAGAUAGCGAUAGUAGCCUCUUCAAUCCUGCGUCUGCCCGCGAAUUCACACCUACUUUUGAUAUCAACACUACGACUGCGACGAAUGGCUCCGCUCAAGACAGCGGGAUCUCAUAUGAUCCAUUUACCGUGAAUCAAGGCCUCGCCACUCCUCAAUUUAACCCUUACGCAGAAGACCCAACGCUCGGUGGCCACGGGCCAGGUUACUUUCAAGCACAGAACGCUUUUGCAACGCCCGUCCAGCCACUCCAACACCAUUUAUAUUUCCCGGUGGCUCCUCAUCGAGAUGAUCUAAUGCCCUAUCAUCGUGUACCGCACGACUUCUUCCUGCCUGAGAAGGAGCGCGAAGAGAUUGCCCGGAAGCUUGAGGCAGCCGGCCAAGUCCUCCCCAACUCUCAACUACCGCAACUCGAUAACUACCACAACCUGGUGCCAUUGGACACGACCCAUCGAAAAAAUGCUAAUAUCUUUGGCUACCCAAGCUGGGUCUAUAAAGCUACGGCAACCAAGACAGGCAACCUUUACUGUUUGAGGCGGCUCGAAGGUUACCGGUUAACAAACGAACAAGCAAUCAAGCUUGUGAAAGAAUGGCGACGUGUCAACAGCGGCAGCGUGGUUACUAUCAUCGAUGCAUUUACGACGCGUGCCUUUGGAGAUAGUUCGCUCGUUUUUGUGCAAGACUACUACCCUCUCUCCAAGACACUUGUUGAGGCUCACUUAACUCCAAGUACUACUCAUGGUAAUCGUUUCCAAGCGAAAAACCCUGUUGCUGAAAACGUCCUCUGGGUCUACAUCUCACAGAUCGCCAAUGCUCUCCAAGCUAUCCAUUCCAACAAUUUGGCAGCACGUUGCAUUGAUCCGAGCAAGAUCAUAUUGACUCAUAAAAACCGAAUUCGUCUCAGUGCAUGCUCCAUCCUCGAUGUUGUGCAGUAUGAUGCACACCGAUCGAUCCAGGAACUCCAGCAAGAAGACUUUAUUCAAUUCGGACGUUUGCUGCUUUGCUUGACAACCAACACGUUGCCAGUACACCUGACCAACUACCAAGUGUCGUUGGAACAGAUGUCCAGGGCAUAUUCCGUGGAGAUUAGAGACACUAUCUUAUGGCUUCUCACACCCCAGCAGCCUCCUGCGCAGAAAGGUAUUGAGGAGUUUGUACGCGGAAUCGCCGGGCGAAUUACUUUCACAUUCGACCAGAAUCUGCAAGCUCUAGACAAGGCCAAUACCGACGUGAUGCGGGAGAUCGAGAACGGAAGGGCUGCGAGACUGAUGAUGAAACUCGCAACCAUCAACGAACGACCUGAAUUUGAGGGGGAUCGAGCGUGGGCUGAGAAUGGCGAACGCUACAUGCUCAAGCUGUUCAGAGACUACGUUUUCCAUCAAGUCGACAACAACGGCAAACCUGUCCUGGACAUGGGACACAUGCUCCGAUGCAUGAACAAGCUAGAUAUUGGAUCAGACGAGAGGAUCUGUCUGACAAGUCGAGACGAACAGACCAGCUUCCUUGUGAGCUACAAGGAGCUUAAGAAGAUGCUGGCGAACACAUUUGGUGAACUUGUGAAAGGGAGCAAGUCAGGACGAGGCUUCUGA